AGAAAGCAAGAACACAAGAUCCAGGUUGUCCGGCGUUCCUCAAAAUGCUCAAAUUUGAGGAAAAUAUGAUAAAAGAUGAAGACUUUGAAGCAAUUACGCGUGUUGUUUCCUUUCGAGGGGUACCAAUGUCAAAAUAUAAUGUAGAGAACUGGGAACGGAUGGAUUACUUUCAAGCCAGGCAUGACGAUGUAGUUAUUGCCACAUAUCCUAAAGCAGGAACCACCUGGGUAAGUGAAAUUAUGGAUAUGAUUUACGCUGGUGGAGAUCUAGAAAAAUGCCAGCGUGAUGCCAUAUAUAAUCGCGUCCCAUAUAUGGAGAUCAGAGUUCCUGGAAUGCCUUCAGGUGUGGAUCAACUGGAGGUCUUGGCUUCUCCCAGGCUGAUUAAGACCCACGUCCCCAUCCAUCUGAUGCCGGAGUCCUUCUGGGAGAAAAACUGCAAGGUUAUUUAUGUUGCUCGAAACGCCAAGGAUGUAGCUGUUUCCUAUUUCUUUUUCCACAACAUGGUCAAGGCGUUGCCGGAUCCAGGGCCCUGGGACAAAUUUGUAACUGAUUACAUGAAUGGUGCUGUGUCCUAUGGUUCCUGGUUUGAUCAUGUCAAAGGCUGGUGGGAGAGGAGAAAUCAGUAUCAAAUCCUGUAUUUAUUCUAUGAAGAUUUAAAAGAGGAUCCAAAGAGAGAAAUCAAAAAAAUACUGCACUUCUUAAAGAGAGAGUUGAGCGAGGAAGUUCUGGAGAAGAUUGUUCACCACACUUCAUUCCAAAUAAUGAGCAAGAACACCAUGGCAAAUUAUAAAACCAUCCCAAAUGAACUUUUGAACCAGACCAACACUGCCUUCAUGAGAAAGGGAGAGGCUGGUGACUGGAAGAAUCAUUUCACUGUUGCUCAGAAUGAAAUGUUUGAUACCCAUUACCAGAAAGAGAUGUUGGGGACAAGCCUACAUUUCAGGACUGAGAUCUGAGGCCUACAGAAACAACUCGCCUGUCUUUUUAUGCUAUGAAUCUAUGAAAGUUAUUUUAAUAAAGCAAAUGUGGAACAAAA